AUGGUACUUUUGAUAGAGAAAAUAGCAAAACAUUGUUACUUCAAGCUGGAGAAUCGCCAGCAUAGCAUCACACGCCCUCAGCCGGAGCAGUUGUCAUCAUCUUCACUGCUGGCUUUCAAAUCCCAUGUGUCUAAAUCAAUUGAUCAAUUAACAUCGGAUUUGAAAGCCAGAUCGGAAACCCUGUCCUUGACAUGGUUUGGAAGGUGUUUAGCCCUCUUGCCUUUGAUCAACAAGGCUUUUGCAAAGCUUGUUGCGGAUAUGGAUUACCCUAUGAGUAAAUGGGAGGUUGGUUUGACUGAAGGGUAUCUCAGCUACACCUUGAGUUUGUUAGAUCUUUUGAAUUCUAUUUCUUCUUGUCUUUCUCAUCUUGGCCAAGCUAGGAUGUCUCUGGCUCAUGGUUUAAAUCUGCUGGAGAACUCACCUUCUUUGGCUAGAAAGCAUUUGAAGGGAAUUCAAUUUCAACCGGGAGGUUUCAGCACCAACUGUGGCAAAGAUCUUUCCAAAGCAAGGGUUUUCUCUGACAAGGAGAACAUGGUUCAUGAGGCUGUAAAGGAGAUGAGGAGUAUUGGGUUCUGGGUAUGUGGGGUUAUGUUGUCUGGUUUAUAUGGUGAUGAGAAGACAUACAUGGAGCUGAGAAAAAUUGCUGGUGGAUUUGAUAGUUCUCUAGUUGCCACACUUGAUUUCAAAAUCAGUGAACAGUUCAUGGAGAAAACGUCAAUCUUCAGCGAGAUCAAAGAGGUUAAUGAUGCUGUUGCUGACCUUGUUGCUUCUGACAAAGUAAGAUAUGAUGUAGUCACGGAAUUGCAGACAAAGCUGAGACUGUUGGAGAAUCUAUCUGAUAAUAUAAGCAUGGAAGUGGAUAAUCUUUUUGCCAAUGUAAUGGCUCAGAGAUCUAAAUUAAUUGACGGCUUUCGACUACAGCGACAGCAGUAA